AUGCUUCACAUCACCUGUCAAGGUACUCCUUUUGAAAUCGGCUACCAACAUGGCUCUGCUGCCAAAGCCGUGAUAGCCAGAAGCAUUAAAUUCGCGGUCGACCUCAUCCGAGGAAAAACAAAGAAGACGGAAGAAGAGCUUCAACAGGUCCUCUCGGAACUGGGGCGCGUGAUCGAGGAAAGAUGGCCCAGAUACUACGAGGAGAUUCGCGGCAUCGCAAAGGGCGCUGAGCGCGAUGUUUCCGAGAUUGUCAUGCUUAAUACCCGCACGGAAUUUGCAUACGGCCUCGUGGCAGCGCGUGAUGGCUGCACGACCGUCUAUUGUCAACUUCCAAAUGGAGCCCUCCAGGGCCAAAACUGGGAUUUCUUUACUGCCACCAAAGAGAACCUGAUCCGGUUGACGAUCCGUCAAGCUGGACUGCCCACCAUCAAAUUCAUAACCGAGGCUGGAAUCAUUGGCAAGGUUGGAUUUAACAGUGCGGGAGUCGCCGUUAACUACAACGCCCUCCACCUUCAGGGUCUUCGACCCACCGGAGUUCCUUCUCACAUUGCCCUGCGCAUGGCGCUCGAGAGCACUUCUCCUUCCCAGGCCUAUGACCGAAUCGUGGAGCAAGGCGGAAUGGCCGCCAGCGCUUUCAUCAUGGUGGGCAAUGGGCACGAGGCAUUUGGUCUGGAAUUCUCCCCCACCAGCAUGCGAAAACAGGUGCUCGACACGAAUGGUAGGAUGGUGCACACCAACCACUGCUUGCUUCACCACGGCGAAAAUGCGAAAGAGCUUGAUCCCUUGCCGGACUCGUGGAAUCGCCACCAGCGUAUGGAGCACCUCCUCGAUGGGUUUGACGGUACCAAACAGGCAUUUUCCCGACUCUGGGAGGACGAAGACAACUAUCCCUUUGGGAUCUGCCGCGCCUAUGAGGAAGGCAAGAGCAGAGGCGCGACUCUGUUCAAUAUUGUCUACGAUCAUGCUCGUAGAGAGGCAACGGUGCGGCUCGGUCGGCCGAAUAACCCUGAUGAGGUGUUAGUUAUGCAGUUCGACGAGGAAGAUGUGAGGUCUGCGCUUAACGCCAAGCUUUGA